AUGGCGCAGGAGUGGAUAGAUCAGAAUGACGAGAAUGCGAAUGGACUGAGAAAGAAACUCAACGAUGACGUUUCGCAGGUAUUCCCAGCACGUACAGUUGUCAUAGACAGAAAGGCCAAAAGGAAGGACGAUGGGCCGCUGGAGAUAUUCUGUGGAUGGAUCGUGGAGCAUCAGAUUGGACUGUCUGUUAAUCUCCUAAUGCUACUUUGCCUCACACAUUUAUGCUUCCCCCGCGCUCGACGACACACCCGCAAGUUCUUCGAGCUCUCCUAUUACAACCCCGACUCUGGCGAAUACUGUGCAGGAUGGAACGACGCUUGGAUGGUAUUUUAUUGGAUUGUUGUGUUCACAGGCCUUCGCGCCGCAGUCAUGGAUUAUCUUUUAACGCCAUUCGCGAAGAAGGCCGGCGCAAAGACCGAGAGAGAUCAGACCAGAUUUGCUGAGCAGGCUUGGCUUUUGAUUUACUACUCGGUCUUCUGGACGCUGGGAAUGUACAUACUGGUUAACUCUGACUACCUGUUCAAUUUCAAGAAUCUCUGGACCAAUUGGCCUAAUCGAGAGAUUUCUGGGGUGCGUAAAUGGUACAUUCUGGUCCAAUACGCCUUCUGGCUGCAGCAGAUAUUCGUGAUCAAUAUCGAGAAGAGGAGAAAAGACCAUUGGCAGAUGUUCACGCACCACAUUGUCACAACCUUUCUGAUCUUCACGAGCUACGGAUACCACCAGACGAAGGUAGCCAACCUGAUUCUGUGCAUCAUGGAUGUCGUGGAUCUCAUUUUCCCACUUGCAAAAUGCCUCAAAUACCUUGGGUUUACCACCAUUUGCGACAUCAUCUUCGGCGUCUUCAUGGUCGUCUGGAUCGCUGCUCGCCAUGUUACCUACAUGAUGAUCUGCUGGUCCCUCUACCACGACCUCCCCAUGGAGGUCACCUACGGCUGUUACAGCGGGCGGAACGGCGCCAUCAAGGGGCCGUUCGAAGCUCCCGAUGGCUUCUGGCACCUUCUCGAGCCCUUCCGGGACCCUGAAGGCGUCGUCUGCUGGAAUGAUAACAUCAAAUGGGGAUUCUUGGGCGCACUGUUGUUCCUGCAAUGUAUCACGCUCCUGUGGUUCUGGAUGAUUGUCCAGGUUGCGGUGAAAGUGGUCAAGGGUGGAGAGGCAGAUGAUGUGAGAAGUGAUGAUGAAGGCGAGGAAGAGCUAGAGGAGCACGAAGCAAUUGAGGAAGAGCUGCUGCCGUAUGAAGAAGAAGUCGGCGUCGAGUCCAUCAACCUCAAGGGCAAAGUCUCAAAUGCCAGCAAGAUGCGGUACAAGAAGAGCGCGAGCAGUGCUACGGGAGUCAGUUUGCCGGGCCAUAGUGACAGGAAGGAGUUGUUGGGUCGUAUUGGGUGCGAUAAAGGCGUUUAA